AAAAAACACGAUGCGCAAACGCGAGACAAAUCUAACACAUCAUCGAAACUUUUCUAAAAGUUGAAAUUACCUUGAAUGCAAUGUUCGGAAUCUUUAACUUUGGCUGCUUCGCAAAAUAAACAUUGUAAACGAACUCAUUCACCCAAGAUUAACAACCUCUCGAUACGUUUCGUAUUCUUUUUAUUGGAGUGUCUUUGAGUCGGUAGUGUUUGUUGUGUUGUAAGAAGAUUCCAGAAAGAAAUGAAUGUGACAUGUCUGCUGAUUUAUGCGGUUGAACUAGUAACGAUACACCGGAACGGCGGAACCGGAAACCUGUCUUUUCUGUCGAGUCAUCAAUGGAAGCCACAUCCAGCUCUUGCCAAAUUAUCGGAAUUUUAUUUUAUUCCAAACAAUUACAUAGUGAUGAUGGUGAUUUAUGCGAGCAAUUCAACUCAAUUCAGUCUACAAUUCAAAAAAAUAUUGCCGGCGAUUUAGAAAAAAACAUCGUCUGAAGUUUCGAAGAGAUUGGAGGAUAUUCGAACGCGUUACGCCUUCUAAAGACUUUUGUUUAUGAUCUCUGCAGAUUUGUUUACUUUUCGUUUUUAAUACUAGGAAAAUUCCGUUUGGAUUUGAAACUGAUAAUAAGUGCGAUUCCAUGAGAGAUCACAUCGAACUAGCAGUUUCGAGAAGACAAGCCAUGCUUAUCGAGCUAUGGGGGACAUCCCAAACGUUAGUGUCGUGAAGAGCAGUCCAAUCGACCUAAUUGGGGGAACCAAUCGAAAUAGCAGUGUCGUGAAGAGCAGUCCAGUCGACCUAAUUGGAGGAGCCAAUCCAAGUAGCAGCUUCAGGGAGACGAGCCAUGCUAGUCGAGCUAGAGGGACAUCCCAAACGACAGUCGUGAAGAGCAGUCCAGUCGACCAAAUGGGGGGAACCUAUCGAAAUAGCAGUGUCGUGAAGAGCAGUCCAGUCGACCUAAUUGGGGGAGACAAUCCAAGUAGCAGCUUCAGGGAGACCAGCCAUGCUAGUCGAGCUAGAGGGACAUCCCAAACGACAGUCGUGAAGAGCAGUCCAGUCGACCUAAUUGGGGGAGCCAAUCCAAGUAGCAGCUUAAGGGAGACCAGCCAUGCUAGUCGAGCUAGGGGGACAUCCCAAACGACAGUCGUGAAGAGCAGUCCAGUCAAUUUAAUGGGGGAGCCAAUCCAAGUAGCAGCUUAAGGAAGACCAGCCAUGCUAGUCGAGCUACAGUACCGUCCGAAAUUGGGGACAUCCCAAACGACAGUCGUGAAGAGGAGUCCAGUCAAUUUAAUGGGGGAGCCAAUCCAAGUAGCAGCUUAAGGAAGACCAGCCAUGCUAGUCGAGCUAGAGGGACAUCCCAAACGACAGUCGUGAAGAGCAG